AAACAAACAAACAAAAUAUAUACACAAGUUUACUGUUUUUUUUUCUCCUCAAAUCAUUUUUUCGCUUCAACGCAAGUAGCACGAAAAACUGAAAGUUGAAGAUGAUGUGUUUAGUUUCAAGAUCCGGACGUGAAUUGCAACGUUAUGACAUGGGUCGUCGACUUGUUGUCGGGUGUAUUCCGUAUAGGUAUAAAAAUGAAAAUGGUGAACUUGAAGUCCUCGUUAUCAGCUCGCAGAAAGGCCAUGCUAUGAUGUUUCCCAAGGGAGGUUGGGAGCUCGAUGAAUCCGUCGAAGAAGCUGCUUCACGGGAGUGCUUCGAAGAAGCCGGUGUGGUUGGAAUAGUCGAGUGUGAAUUAGGAAAAUGGAUGUUCAAGAGCAAAAGCCAAGGAAUAUACCAUGAAGGGUACAUGUUUCCGAUGCUCGUCGCUGAACAGCUUGAACUUUGGCCGGAGAAAAAUCUCCGGCAAAGAGUUUGGAUGAAGAUAGAAGAAGCAAGAGAGGUAUGCCAGAGUUGGUGGAUGAAGGAAGCAUUGGAUGUAUUUGUUGAGAGGAUCAACCCACCAACUUUCAUCGAACAAGAUUUCUUGAAUGCUUCUGUAGAUAUUAGUUAGUUCAUUAAUAAAAUAAGAAUAAAUAGUUUUUUUUUUUCUCUUUUUUAAUGAAUUUUACUUUCGUGUACAUAUAUAUAUGAAGAAACAAAAACUUGUUCUCAAUUGAAGAUCUAAAUGGAAAUGAGGCACCCC